AUGGUGAUAGCCGCCGAAGGCGAGCAAAAGGCCUCACAGGCCCUAAAGGAAGCAGCUGACGUCAUCAAUGAGUCACCAUUCGCCAUCCAAUUAAGGUACCUACAGACGCUCAGUACCAUUUCAGCAGAAAAGAAUUCUACUAUCAUAUUUCCACUGCCCGUGGACCUUCUGACUCACUUUAUGCGUAAAUCGUCCUGCAGUGCUAACAGCACCGUAGAUUUCAACUCGAGAGGGACCAGUGUCGACGGAAAUCAGGUAUACCACGCGACAGAGCCUAGCGACGAUACCAUGCCUCACUUCAUGUCGGAGGCGCCGUUGCAGCCGACACCAGCACGGCCAGUCGUGUCCCCCCCUCUGCAUAAUCAACAGGCGCGAGGAGCUCGGGAUCCAACCCAAAAUCAGCCACCAACAUCCGCACCACCACAACCCCCAUCCCUGCAUCGUACAAAUGAUUCCUUUAUAUAG